ACUUCCCCGUCCAGAACACACGUUCCCUAUAUUCUUAGGUCCAUAUGUUCAGAAGAAAAUCGCGACGGACAACUAUUGCGAGAAGUAGCGGGGCGCGCAGUAGUAGGGAUGCAGAGUAUCUGUCAUGGCCGACGUGCGCUGGGAGCGUAGUUUUGAUCGGGCCGUAACGGCGAGUAGUACGCGGUGUAUGCAGCAGUGAAAAAAAACAUGGGGUACGAUAAUGGGCAGACGGUCAAGCGAAGAAGGCGUUAGCGAACUCUCGGUCCUUGUACAGGACGAUUUAUGCGAGAGGUCCGCGACGAUGGAGUCACGAGCACGGAGGACUCGGUUACGUAGCGUUGUAGGGAUAUGUUUGUUUCUCGCGCUCACGGGCAUCGUUUAUCUUGGCUACUUUUGCCCUGAUCAUGUGUGCGCCCUGACGAGUCGCGAGAUCAAGGAAUCCGUAAGAUUGUCCGAGGGUCUGUCUGCUGGUCCCGGCUCUGGCUUGUCUUCCGUCUCCGUUGAAUUCGACAAAAAUGGCCUGCUCUCUGUGCAUCCUGCUUUUAGAUUGCAGAGUAUCCAAGGGAGCCUCGGUUACGACGAUGUAUUUACCAAUGAUACCUUCCAGUUUGACAUUAACGGUCAUGAUGUCAUUGUUUUCCUACAUAUUCAGAAAACUGGAGGAACAUUAUUUGGAAAACAUUUAGUUAGAGAUCUGGAUUUACAAAGACCUUGUUCUUGUCAAAGAAGACGUAAGCGUUGUUUUUGUUUCCGUCCAAAUCGCAAUGAAAAUUGGCUUUUUUCACGAUAUUCUACUGGUUGGAAAUGUGGUUUACAUGCUGACUGGACAGAAUUAACUAGUUGUGUUGAUACUGAAUUAAAUAAAAUUGAAGGGGAUGGGAUAAAACGUAGAUACUUUUAUAUAACUAUCAUAAGGGAUCCUGUUGCACGAUACUUGUCUGAAUUUAGGCAUGUACAGAGGGGUGCAACUUGGAGAGGUGCUCGUCAUUGGUGUGGAGGAACUCAAGCCAAUAUACCACAAUGUUAUCCUGGAUCUAGUUGGCAAGGUGUUUCUUUAGAACAAUUUAUGGCAUGUCCAUAUAAUUUGGCAAGCAAUCGCCAAACCAGAAUGUUGGCUGAUUUAUCAAUUGUUGGUUGUUACAACUCCACAUUGAGCAGUUUGGAGAGAGAUCGUCUCAUGUUGGCUAGUGCUAAACACAAUUUGCAAUUCAUGCCUUUCUUCAUGUUAACUGAGUACCAGAAAGUGGGACAGUAUUCUUUUGAAGAAACCUUUGGAAUGAGAUUUGCUGUUGCAUUUGAACAACACAAUGCAACAUUGAGUGCUGCUACAAUGGCCACUCUUAGUGCAGAACAAUUAGAUGCUGUGCGUAAAUUGAAUAGAUUGGAUCUGGAACUUUAUGAUUUUGCAAAGAAUCUUGCAUUUCAAAGAUUCAAACGGCUUAGAGAUCGUGAUCCAUACUUUGUACAACGAUUUCAACAUCUUGGGGAAUUACCUUCGAGGCAAAGUGUAACAGAAUUCAAUUGGGAUUCUGUUAUCGAAGAUACAACAGAUGUUGAAUGAUAUCAGUUUUCAAUGGAAGAAUAAAUAUUGCAAAUUAAUUUUGUAAAUAUAUCUAAAAGUCUAUAUUUUUUAAAAGGAUUAUUUGCAGCGUUAUUUGAACGAAGUGGUAUUAGAUUUAAUAAAAAGCGAUCCACAUAGCGUAGGUGGUAAAAUGUUCGUGCGAAUGUUGAGAUGAAUGGUCGUACAUUGGAUAAACGUGGUUCAUAUUAGAUACUGAAUCUAAGUAUCUGUUUGAUAAUAGCUCACAAAGCUCUUUUCUUUAGUAAAUGUUUAUAUUUUCAUGUAACUGUUUUAAAUAUCAGGUCUCCAUAGUUUUUCACGCUAAAUUAGUAAGUCAACAAUUGUUACAUUAAAAAUGUGAAAUAAGUUGUAUUAAUUUAAAAAAAAAAAUUACGUAGUUGUUUAAUCUACUAGAAUUGUAUGUGCAAUAAGACUCAAUGGGUUACCAUUAUAAAUAUUUCAUAUCAUUCAGUCAUGAAAUAAGUGUAAUAUAUCCUAUAUAUACAUUUAGAUAGUUAGCAUUAAAUCAUUAUGAAACAUAAUGCAAAUGCUCUCUUUAACGUGCUAUUGAUCUUCUGUAUGAUUACCAUGUUUAUAUUGUAAGUUAGAUUGUAAAAUGAGUGCCAUGAAUUGUAUAGGACAAAUUGAUCUGCUUUCUUUCUCUUUUAAGUUUGGUAUCAAAAUUACUGACAUAGAUAUAAAAAUACAUCACUUUUGUUUCAAGAUUGUUCAUAAAUUUGAGGCAUUCAUUGCCUAUGUUAAAUAUCUUGUUGUUGAUUUAUAGGUGAUAAUUAAAUGUAGUUGUUAUUUAUACAUUUUUUUAUUUAUGGUUUGCAUUAAAGUAAUUUUUGUAAAAUAAAUAUGUUCUCUAAAAUAUAAUUCAGAAAUCAAAGCAAGAAUUAACAUGGAACUACUAUCAUCUGAUAAAUCAACAACUAAUAUCUACUUAUAAAAAUAUAUAAUUAACAUGUAAUAUGAUUAAUGACAAUGAUCGUUUAAACGUAACGUUAAGGACCAAAGAUUAAUAAGUUUUUACAAAACUGCAGAGAGCUUGUUAUGAGCAAUUGUAAAAAGUUUUUAUAUGUUCUUAAAGGAAGCAAUUAUAAUUGCUGUAAAUGAAAAGAUGUAUGUGCAAAAUCUUUUCAUGUAUACAUAUAAUAUAUAUAUGUACAAUAAUUAGAGUUAUUAACUUGGAUGAAACACAGAAAGAUCUUUUAAGCAAUCAAUGCACAGAAACAGGUUUUUAGCAAUAUACUUCUAUUUUUUCAUAUUUAUCUUAACUAUCUGUUAGCAUGUUUUAAAUAAGUGAAAGAUAAUCCAACUUAAAUCACACAGGGUGGGUGAGGUAUUUUAAAACUAUUAAACGUAACACAAUUGCCGUUCGCCAUUUCAUCGACUUUCUAAGUUUCAAUGUUUAUCUUUUUACCAUUUUCUAUCAUACAUACUGAAGUGUUUGUCUCGUUAUGCGUGCAAAGGAUGCCUGUGGUUAUUCGUAGGCAAUUAUCGGAUUAAUAGUAAUUUGAGUAUUUGCAUUAUCGGCAUUGUAAAAAUGCGCACUGUCCAAUUAACGUUAAAGAGAAAUUAGCUUUAACAUGUAACACGAAAUUUGUAGCACGAAAUUAAUUCAAAUAAUGAGAACAAAAAGCCAUGACAGUAGCCUAAUAAAGUAAAGUAUAGGCCUAAGCCAAUGGUACCUUACAUAAGUCAGUGUACAUACCACACCAUUAACUCAUUAAGGAACAAUAAAUUGUUGUGUACACAUUAUAUACAAUCUUAUACAGACAUAUAUAAAUACAUAAAUAUAUAUAUAUUAUAUA